AUGUUUCCUUCUCAGUUAAGCUCGCCAAAGCGUGCCAAUCCAUUUGGCCGCACGUCUCCAUCUCCAUCGCCUGGAGGUCAGAAUGGUUCCGCACGGCCAAGGUCGGCGAUUAUAACAUCACCAAGCAGGAUUGACGGGUCAAAGGGCCAUUAUCGGAAUUCUGCAUCGAUUACCCAACUCACACCAACUGCCCUUUCACCACAUGGAAACCGGGACAGAUCGAAUUCUCUACGGAAUAAUGCGACCACCGGAACAUUUGCGCCCGAAUUUAUCAAGUCGGAGGAAUUGCGACGCGGGGCAGAUCAGAUCCGGGGACUGGAGGGUGACAAUGACUUUUCAGGUAACAAGUAUGUGUGGCUACGGCAUCCCGAAAAGGCAUUCGUUCGCGGGUUGGUGUUAGAAGAGGGACAAGAUGGGCGGCUAUUAGUGCAGCCGGAUGAUGGCGAGCCACGGGAAGUGGACUCCCAUCAGGUCGACAAGGUCAACCCGGCGAAAUUCGACAAAGCAGAUGAUAUGGCGGAACUUACGCACUUGAAUGAAGCUUCGGUUGUUCAUAAUCUCCAUACCCGUUACCAGGCGGAUCUCAUCUAUACAUACUCGGGUCUGUUCUUGGUAACAGUUAAUCCGUACUGCCCAUUGCCGAUUUACAGUAGCGAGUAUGUGAAGAUGUACAAGGGACGAAGCAGGGAGGAGACGCGACCUCACAUCUUCGCCAUGGCGGACCAGGCGUUUAGAAACAUGGUUGAGGAGGGCGAGAACCAAAGUAUCCUCGUGACCGGAGAGUCAGGUGCGGGUAAAACAGAGAACACCAAGAAAGUCAUUCAAUAUCUUGCGGCUGUCGCUACUUCGGAUACUCCGUAUGUUCGUUCGGCACCUCGUUCAGGAUCGAAACAAUUGUCGGCCUUGUCGCAGCAAAUAUUGAGAGCGAAUCCCAUCCUUGAAGCUUUCGGUAAUGCGCAAACUGUUAGAAACAAUAACUCCUCGCGGUUUGGAAAGUUCAUCCGAAUCGAAUUCUCACGAUCUGGCCAAAUCUCCGGCGCUUGGAUUGACUGGUACCUCCUCGAAAAGUCUCGAGUCGUCAAACCGAACCCGAAUGAACGGAAUUACCACGUCUUUUAUCAACUCUUACAGGGUGCCGAUCGAGAGUUGCGGAGGAAUCUGCUUUUGUCGGAUUUGGGAAUUGAAGACUUUGCAUAUACUAGAGAUGGAAACGAUACUAUUGCAGGGGUGUCUGAUGUGGAAGAAUGGAACUCAUUGAUUGAGGCCUUUCAUGUCAUGAGCUUCUCGCAAGAGGACCAAAUGUGCAUUCUUCGAACGAUCGCAGCUGUUCUCCACCUGGGUAAUGUGACCAUUGUCAAGGAAAGCAUACGGGCCGAUCAAGCUGCCCUGGGUGCUGAUUCCCUCAACAGCAUUGAACGGGCCUGUUAUCUGCUUGGUAUUGCGCCGGAUGAAUUCGUCAAAGGACUUCUUCAUCCCAAAGUCAAGGCAGGCCGUGAGUGGGUGGAGAAGGUUCAAACGCCAGAACAAGUCCGGUUAGCAUUAGACGCCUUGGCGAAGGGUAUCUACGAGCGAGGUUUUGGAAACCUCGUGUCCCGGAUCAAUAACCAGCUGGAUCGCAGCACCAUGGCCAGCGAGGGUAGCAGCUUCAUUGGUGUUCUGGAUAUUGCCGGUUUCGAAAUUUUCGAAAACAAUAGCUUCGAGCAGCUCUGCAUCAACUACACCAACGAAAAACUACAGCAGUUUUUCAACCAUCAUAUGUUUGUUCUCGAGCAAGAGGAAUAUGCACGUGAACAAAUCGAAUGGCAAUUCAUUGACUUUGGAAGAGACCUGCAGCCUACGAUCGAUCUAAUUGAGCUGACGAAUCCUAUUGGUAUCUUCUCAUGCCUGGAUGAGGACUGUGUUAUGCCGAAAGCCACCGACAAGUCAUUUACCGAGAAGCUCCAUUCGCUGUGGGAUCGUAAGACUCCUAAAUACCGCGCCGCUCGCUUGAACCAAGGUUUUGUUCUCACUCACUAUGCUGCGGAUGUUGAAUAUGAUACGCAAGAUUGGUUGGAGAAGAACAAGGACCCAUUGAACGACAAUGUCACUCGACUACUUGCACAUUCAAGAGACAGCCAUAUCGCAAACCUCUUCGCAGAUUGCGGAGACGGUGAGGACGAUGGGGAGUACCCCAAGAGCAGGGUGAAGAAGGGUCUCUUCCGGACAGUCGCCCAGAGACACAAGGAGCAGCUCUCUAGUCUCAUGACCCAGCUGAAUUCGACCCAUCCCCAUUUUGUUCGCUGUAUCAUUCCAAACCACAAGAAACGGCCCAAAUUGUUGAACGCACCUCUUGUGUUAGACCAACUGCGAUGCAAUGGUGUGCUUGAAGGUAUUCGAAUUGCCCGUACCGGAUUCCCCAAUCGGCUGCCAUUCUCUGAAUUCCGGCAACGCUAUGAGGUUCUUUGCCGUGGCAUGCCCAAGGGCUAUCUGGAUGGACAGUCCGCCACCCAAACUAUGCUCGACAAACUGGGUCUGGAUAGGACCUGGUAUCGGGUUGGUCGAACCAAAGUUUUCUUCCGGGCAGGCGUUCUGGCCGAGCUUGAAGAGAAGCGGGAUCAACUUAUUCGCAACAUAAUGGGCCGCUUUCAGUCCGUUGCCCGUGGUUUCCUCUCACGGCGGAUUGCCAACAAGCGGCUGUACCGUGCAGAGGCCACCAGGAUCAUCCAGCACAACUUCCACGUCUAUCUGGAUAUGAAGGCUGACCCAUGGUGGCGCUUGUUCUCGAGAAUGAAGCCCCUGUUGGGUGAGACGCGCAGUGCAAACGAAGUCAAAAAGAGAGAUGAAAAGAUCCAACAGCUCGAGGUCAAGAUGCAACAGGACUUGUCCGACCGCCAUAAGUUAGAAGAAGAAAGGCGGCGCACGGAGGUCGAAAUACAGAAAAUCCAACAAGUCCUCGAAAGCGAACGAUCUCUGGCUCUCGACAAAGAGGAGAUCUUCAAACGCUUGCAGAUGCGGGAAGUCGAGCUGAGCGAAAAACUGGCCGGGGCGAUUGCAGACCAGGAGAGCCUGGAAGACCAGCUGGAUGGGCUCAUUGAUGCCAAGAAGAGGGCAGACGAUCAGCUCGAGCUUCGGAUUACGCAGUUGGAGCAAGCAGGAGAAAUCAUUGAACGCUUGGAGGCUGAGAAGAAUGAACUGCAAUCGCAUCUUGAAGCCGUAUCGCAGAAACUACUUGAUACAGAGAGGGACUCCCUUGAGAAGGAGCAACACCUCGAGCAAAUCAGUCAGGAUGUGGAGAUGUUGCAAAGCCAUAUGGCACUAAAAGAUCGCAAGCUGCAAGACCUAGAAACUAAGUUGUUGAAGACAGACCAGGAGCUCGACGUAAAAUUCGCGAAGGCCUCGAAGGAACUUGAGCAAUCCAAGGAACGGAACAAGGAGCUUAUUGACGAGAACCGAUCCAUUCGGGAACAGAUCUCCGAUCUUUCCGCAACUUCGACUGGCUAUGAAGAGAUGCUACGUCGUAAAGAGAGCGAGAUGACUGUUUUGCGAAAUGAUGUCAGGAAGCACGACGAGGACAAGCAGCAACUGGUCCUUGAAAAAAGCUCGCUCACUACCCGCCACGAUAACAUGCAAAAGCGUCUUCGUGAGGUGCAAGCAGAAACGGAUGCCAUGACGUCCGAGAAGCUGCAACUGGAGAAGGAAGUGCAAGACGUGAAACGGCUGCUUGAAGAGAAGAUAUCUGAGGAUGCGGAAGCUGGAGAAAGCAGAAAACUCCUUGAGCAGCAAAGCCAAGACCUCAAGAGCCAACUUUUCCAGGCGCAAGCAGAUCUGAGUCGCGAACGCCAGUCCAGAGAUGACGUGCAAAUGCUGGCGGAACACAACCUUGCUGAGCUCAGGGACAAGUACACCUCUCUUAACGACGCCAAGAUAACCAUUGAGAAAGAAAUGUACAUCCAACAAGAUACCCUGCGACGCGCCACGGAAGCCCGUGUAACGGCUGAGCAGUCGCGCAAAGAAUUGCAAACGGAGUUGAUAAAGCUGCGGGAUCGAUUCACCAAUGUCGAAAACGCGCGCUUGAAUGCUGAGAGUGAGAUCGAGCGGAAGAUCAUGCAGCAAGCAGAUCAGCGCCUGAGUAGUUUGCGCAAAGAAUUCGAAGAGAAGACACGCCUGUACGAAGAGGGCGAGACAGAACGAGCGCGUCUUUCGACCAGGAUCCAAGAGCUCAACAAUGCCAUUGCCGAAUCAGACAACUUCCGUAUCCGCCAUGAUCAGCACAAGGAGCGUCUGGAGCGAGAACUCGUGACCCUCAAGGGCAGGCUCACGGCAUCGGAGAACGACAACCGGGCUCUCUUGACUAAGAUUCAGCAAAAGAACCUUGAUAUCGCCAGAUCAAACUCCCGGGCCAGCGAUAGCCAGCGGAUGCGCAUCACCAACCUUCAAAAGGAGAAGGCUAGGGUGGAGGACGAAAACAAGAAGUUAUCGCACCAGCUGGGAGACCUGCAGCUCACUAUCACCUCCUUGGAGAAGCAAAAGGAAAAGUUGUCGCUAAGCUUGGAAGACCUGAACCAUGAGGUUAACAGGGAGCACAAGAAUAGUCGGAACGCUGAAAAGGCCGCCUCAACCGCCAAUCUUCAACUCGCGGAAGCGAACAGGUCGUUAGAGACUGAAAGGCAAUUGCGUUCACAAGCGCAAGCAAACACGCGACAGUUGCAAAGUUCUCUCGAUGGGGCGAAUAAAGAAAUCGAGGACCUACACCGCAAGCUUACGACGCUACACAAGGUCUUCGCCCCGGAUGACGAGGCACCUAAGUCUUGGGAGGAAGUUCAGCCCGAUCUGUCAAAGAAGGUCGAUCUAGCACAGCUAUUGGACGAGACACAAAGCAAGUUGCAGGUUACCGAAGAGAAGUACAGUCGGGCUGAGAGCCAGCUUGCGGAGAUGAGACAACGACACGGUGAUGAGAUGAAGGAACUCGACACUCGUUACUAUUCAUCUAAGCGCGCCCUGCUGGAGGAAGCUGACCAGAAUCAAGUCGGUAACCGCACCCCAACGCAUGCAAGGAAGAAUUCCGACGGAGUGCUGAAGAAAUUCGGAACUCCUACAACGCCCAAUCGACGGGUCAACUUUAACGACAAUGCCCCUGACUCCGGCCGCUCUGACAAGACCGUUGAUACUGUCGCCUUCCAGAAACGCAUGGACAUGGCCACCGAGAUCGAAGAGCUUCAGAACAAGCUUCAGCUCAGCGAGAUGCAGAACAAGCAUCUUCAGAGCCGCGUUCACCAAGCGACUCCAGCUCACGAGGAGCCCCAGGACGAAAGCCCUUCGAUUAGACGGAUGCAGUUGUUGGAGCGUGAGAACGGUCGUCUUCAUGACCAACUCGAUGACUCUGCCAAGAAGGUUUCGUCUCUCGAACGGAGCAUCCAGACCGGCGAGCUCUCGUUGCGUGACGUCCAGGCUAAGUCGCAUGAGGAGCUCUUCGACCUCAUCAACUCCCAGGAACUGUCCAGGAAAUCAUUGCUCAAGAUCCAUAACGAGGCUAUGGCUGAAUUCAGUGAAGUGAAGGCCCUAUCCGAGAAGCUUAAGCGCUCUAAGGCUGCUUUGGAAGUCGACAUUCGCGAUGCUCGUUCCGAGACCCAGGAGCUGCAGGCCGCUAAGGACCAGGACACGGCUAGCAGGAACCAACUUCUACAAGAAUUCUCUGAUCUGCAGAUCAGGUUGGACGCUGAGACAUCAAAAUCCGCUGACCUUGAGUCAAGUCUCAGUCUGUACAAGAGUCGUGCGGACGAUUACUUCAGUAAACUUGAGCAAGCUGAGAUUGCCGUUCUGAAGGCUACUAGAGCCGAGCAGUUUGCCAAAUCGCAGUCCCAGGAAGCCGAAGAUACGUGUGCACAGAUCAUGGCUGAGAGGAAGCAGAUGGACGCCCUUGUGGAAGACUUGCAGCGUCAAACCCAAUCUUUGGAGGCAGCGAUGGAGGACCAGACCGCUGAACUUCAAAGCGCACUCCAGACCAAGCAACGUCUUCAGAACGAGCUCGAGGACUAUAGGAACCAGCGGGCGAUCGACAUUGAAGAUAAGGAGACUUCGAUGGAGCAGACUAGACAGAAAUACCAGCGUGAAUUCUCGACGCUGAACAACGAGCUUGAAAUGGAGCGUGAAAAAGUGCUCAAUGCUCGCUCCGAGAACUCUCGUCUCCGCGAAGAACUCGAGGACCUCCGCAGCAAGUGGGACAAUGAAGUGCUCAACAGCUCGACCUGGGCCAAGGAGAAGGCGCGCAUGGACAUUGCGCUUCAAGAUGUGACCACGUCCCGCGAAGAGGCCGUGGACGCUCACAACGAGGCCCAGAGCAAGAUUGUUUCUCUCCUGUCCCAGGUCAGAAGCCUCCGUGUCUCCGUCGACGAUGUCACAGCCGAGCGAGACAUGUUGUUCAAGGAGAAGAAGAUGCUCGAGACACGGUUGUCUGAGGCAGGCGAACGAUUGGAAGACCUUGCCAAGGGCGAGAGUCCAUCCAUGCGCAACGCUGCUAGCAUGGACCGUGAGCUGCUCGAGCUCAAGUCGAAACUUGCUCAGCAGGAAGAUGUGUCCGCCGCUGCUGUCGGCAAGAUGCGACGUGCCGAGGCCCUGGCCACAGAGAUGCAGAAGGAGGUCACGGCCGAGAGGGAAUCGAAUGCCCAACUCUUCAAGGAUAAGGCGGCCCUGGAGAAGCAGCUCAAGGAAGCGCAGCUCCGAUGCGUUGACCUGGAAACCAAGAGCUACUCGACCGGUAGCCAGGACGUGCGCUUCCUGCACAAGCGAAUCAAGGAGCUUGAAGCUCACCUCGAAGAGCAAGAAAACAAGCACACCACAGAGCAGCGUUCUCUGCGCAACAUCGACCGCACCGUCAAGGACUUCCAAUCCCAAAUCGAAAGACGAGACAAGAUGAACGCUCAGUUGAACGACGAGAUCAGCAAAUCCCGUGACAAGAUCGAGCGCCUCCUGGCAAAUAUCGAAGAGCUCCAGCAGAGCGACUCCGAAACGCAGCUCCUCGUCCGUCGCUCGGAACGGGAGCUCCGCGAAGAAAAGGAGAAGAGUUUGAGGAUGGAACGUGAGUUGGACAGCUGGAAGGGCCUUUGGGGUGAAAGGGGCAGUACCGUUGGAAGGCCUAUGCCCGCCUUCAGUGAUGUCGGUAGCCGUCGGGGAAGUAAUGGGGGCGACAUCCCACAGAGGAUGCCCAGCAACACGAAGGGAUUCCUGUAG